CAUUUCAUGUUGUUCGUUCCUUGUACUUGGGCUGGCAUAUCAACACAAGCUAGCUAAUUCGAGUUACUUGCAUGGAAAAAGGCUCGGUUCGACCCCUGUUCGCUCGCAAUGCAACAUCAUUCUAAUCUCACCGUUUUUAUUUUUAUUUUUUUCUUCGUCCUUAUCACUCCGGCGUUAGGACGGAAGCCAACGUAGUCCAACGUUAUCCAGCAUCUGAUGCCAUUGCUUUUUCGGUGUGACUCAAAUCUAGUAGAUCGCUCGUAUAUAAUGAGUUAGAAUAAUGGCUAGCGAAGAGCCGCUGCCAAGCUUCUACCGACGGUCUACGGAUGUCUUUGAUCGACUUAGCUGGACACCUCCCUGGGUCAAAUGGGACCCUGAGGUGAAUCAUGACCUUAGUUGGGGGAUGAACAUCCUAUUCGGAUUGUCGGCAUCGUUUAGUGUCGCAAAUUUGUACUAUAGCCAUCCUAUCUUAAACAUCCUCGCAGAUGACUUCGGUAUUUCAGAUCAACGUGCUUCGUUAGUACCGACUAUGACGCAAGCUGGAUAUGCUGCUGGACUUCUCCUGAUCGUGCCUGUUGGAGAUAUCGUCCGACGACGGCCCAUGGUUCUAAGUCUGAUAUUUAUAACAUCUCUAAUAUGGCUGGGCUGUACCCUCACCCAGUCUUUCUCCUCAUUCCUCGGCCUCUCGUUUGUUGUCGGUCUCUUAACCGUGACCCCACAACUCAUGUUCCCGUUGGCGGUCCAAUAUGCCCCACAACGGCACCGAACUACUAUGAUCUCGGUGGUCAUGUCCGGUCUCGUGUUCGGUGUCCUCGUCGCGCGUCUUCUUAGCGGUAUCGUCACCCAAUACACUUCGUGGAGAAACGUCUAUUGGAUCUCAUUCGGUCUUCAGAUUCUAGUCUGGAUUCUGCUGUUCUUCACCAUGCCAGAUUAUCCGACUUUAAGCCCCGAUACAUCUUAUCCGAGGAUCCUCCUGAAGAUUGUUACUCUCCCAUUCCUCAAGCCCGACCUUACCCAAAUGGCACUUGUAGCCUUCUUAACAUCGGGAAUGUUUACAUCUUUCUGGACGACGUUGACGUUUCAACUAGCCGACGUCUUUCACUUGUCGACGUUGGCGAUUGGCUUGUUCGCUCUUAUCGGCAUUUCGCCCGUGUUCCUUAACCCGGUCAUCUCUCGCUUGCUGAUCUCACGCCUACAUCCGCAUGGUACGCUUAUCAUUGCGCAUCUAAUGACCAUCGCCGCUAUUUGCAUCGGUACAUUCGUCGGCACGUUUUCGCUCGCGGGCCCUGUCAUCUGGGCAUUCUUCGGUGACCUUGGAAUGAAUACGAUCGUCGUUGGAAAUCGGGUUGCUAUAGCACAUGUCGACCCUAAGGCCCAGAACGCUGUGAAUUCUGUUUACAUGGUUCACACAUUUUGUGGCCAACUUUUUGGUACCGCGGUAGGCAAUGCGCUUUACGCCAAGGGAGGAUGGACAUACUCCGGUGCCUUUAACAUCGCGCAAAUGAUAGCUGGGUUGCUGGUACUAUUUUUGAGGGGACCACAUGAGAGACGUUGGCUAGGUUGGAGAGGCGGGUGGGACAUGAGAAAGCCUAAGACCGAGGAACAUAGCUUGCCUGCUGGAGCACAACGUGACGUGGAAGCAAACGCAGAGGACGUAGCUACUGAGAUCCCCACAGAAUUUCCUACGGAAGAUGAAGGCCCUAAAGAGAAAGCAGGGGACAACGAUGAAGAGAGAUAGUUUCUUUGCAGUUAAUGGGUAAAUCUGGGCCUUUUUGCUUGGCGUGUCAUCGUUUAUCUAUUAGGGAAAAUUGAUCAAGUAUCUCAAGUAUCUCACGUAUUUCCUAAGAAAUCAUCGUAGAAGACGAUUGUAUUAUUUAUAGCUCUGCAACGUCGUAGUGUUUUCCUUAUGGAAUAUAACUCCGAGUUCCAAUUCA